AUAUGAUGCAAAGGAAGUGAGUACGGAUGGUAUAGACACCGCAGAUUGGUGUAUAAUCAAUACUGGAGAUUCUAAACCAUGGAAGGUCUAUACAGUGAUUGCAAAAGAUGAAAAUGAAACCAGAGAUGGCUCGACUGGUCUAGAGGAUGAAUUUGCAAGAGCUAUUGCUCACAAUAUCGUCCAAGAACUAUGGAGCAAACGGCAGCACAAGAAAAAUGAUGCAACCAAUGAUGCAUCAACUAGUACUGGAGUAGUGAAGCAACAAACCACCAAACACCCCACUGACAAUCAGAAUGAAGAAGACGAGAAAAAAGAAGUAACAUCUGACAAGAAAGAGGAAUCAGUUUCAGGCAAUGAAAAGAAGACCAAACUAUUUAUGAAAGACAUUACCGAGCAGGUGAAAGAAGCUGUCGGCCAGGAACUUGUUGACCGAGUCCUGACAAUGGUCAGCGAGAUGAUCAAGAAGCUUGAGGAUGGGGAGGAGGUGAUUGAAACAACUACCACUGACCAAGAGAUAUUUAUGAGUAUCUGGGAUUUUGCUGGCCAAAGCGUGUACUAUACAACUCACCAAGUGUUUCUAACACCAAGAGCUAUCUACAUCAUCGUCUUCAACUUGACACAUGACCUGAACAGCCAAGCCAUUGUACAAAUCCGCCGUGGAGAGGGCCAUAGUAAUGUGGAAUGGAUGAAGAGUGAAUUGUCAAAUCUAGACUUCAUCAAUUUCUGGGCCUGCUCGAUCCAUGCACACACGGCAGAAGCAAGGCCCAGCACAGCAGAUGGCAACGAUGAGAUGGAUAACACCACAUCCCUGUCACCCUCAGUGUUCUUGGUGGGGACCCAUCGUGGUAGCCUCAGUGAUGACAAGGCGAUUCAGUGGAAGAUCGUUGAGGAGAAAUUCAGUGUCAUCGCUGAAAGUUUCCAAGACAAGGUGUACAAAGGUCAUUUUGUUGGUAAAUUCUAUGCAGUUGAGAACAACAUUGAUGAUGAAGAGGAUGAGCAGGUGAAGUUAUUGAGGAACCACAUAGUGAGAGUUGCCAGCAAGGAGCGUUACAUGGGAGAACACAUGCCCGUAUCCUGGCUGCAGUUUGAGCAGAAAGUAGCAGAGAUGGUAGAGAGAGGGAUUAACUUCAUAUCCUUAGAUCAGGGUAAAGACAUUUGCUCACAGUUCAGCAUACAGGAAGACUUGGACUCCAUGUUGCAUUUCUACCAUGACCUCGGCGUUAUCAUCUACUAUGGGCAGACUGGAGCCGUUGAUGAGUCACUACGUAAUACAAUCAUCCUGCAACCCCAGUGGUUGAUUGAUGUCUUCAAGAGAGUCAUUACAACAAAGGAUAUUGAUGGCCAGUGGGAGAAGUUUGCUGAAGCAUGGCGGCGGCUUGACAAAGAGGGUAUCUUGGAGGAUUCCCUAAUUAACCACAUGUGGUGCACCAUCAUUGCUCAGAAACCUGCCCUCAUCGGACUCAUGAGCAAGUUUGAUCUGCUCUGUGAGAGAAUCAAGCCAAAGACACUGAAGCCAAGUGACAAGUGGGAGAAGAGCUACUUCGUCCCUUCACGGCUCAAGGAUGCGGUGCACCCCAAUGAUGUCUAUGUGCCCUCAAAGAAGGACAUCGUGUUCUACAUCACCUUCGGAGGCUUCUUACCAGAUGGACUUUUCCAGCGCAUUCUGACACGUGCUGUACGCUGGUCACAAGAGCAAGGUGGUCGUGAACCAAAGCUCUACUUCAGGCAAGCACGCUUCUAUGUUGAUGAUGAGCACGAUGUCAUCCUCCAGAUGGCGCCCUUCAGAUAUGCCUGUAUAAAGGUAAUUGUAGCAGAAGUUGAGAUCUUUGAUGACAGUGAUGACACCACCGAUGCUGCAGAAUCCACAGCAGUAGCUCUGAAGACCCAGGAGCGACGGCAAGUAGCUUGCUCCAAGGUGCGCCACUUCCUAGAGUUCACCCUCUGCGACUUGCGACAACUCUGGAUGAAGCGAAUCAACUUUGCCUUCUCCAUCGCCUGUCCUUGCAACAAGACAUGCGAGUCACACGGCAAGCCAGGAUGUAAGGAAGACUCCUGCAGGCACUUUCUGAGUCUUGAUGAAUGCCUGGCAAUGAACAUCGUGAUAUGUGACCACCGACGUAUCAAGACAACCAAGUACAAGAAGUGGUUUCCUGCUGAGCAUCCAUCUCCUUUGUCUAUACCUGCCAGGGCACCAAUAACAAACGAGAAGGACAAGGAGGAGAAGCUACCUGACUGGAUCAAGGCAGCCGCUAAACUGCUGAAUGCUGGACCCUCUGGAAGUGACUGGCAAGCACUCGCCAUUAAGCUUGGCUACAAGCGAGCCAAAGUAGAAUGCUUUGCAGAUGAGGUGAACCCAGCCCAGGAGUUGAUCUUAGAUUGGAUCUACAGCAGUGGAAACACCGGCUUGUCAGUGGACAUGAUGCUCUCGUACUUGGAACAAAUGCACAGAGACGAUGUUAUAGAAGUCAUCCACAAGGCUCAAGGAUCAAGUGCACCCCCACCAUCAGUUUUCAUCAGCUACAACUGGGGAAUUCAGGAUUCUGUAAAGCAGCUACGAGACAGGAUAGAGAGGGCAGGCUUCAACUGCUGGAUGGACAUUGGUCAGAUGGGAGGUGGUGACAGUUUGUAUGCUAAGAUUGAUGAAGGCAUGAGGAGUGCAAAGGUAGUGUUAUGCUGCAUUACACCAAAGUACAUCGUUUCUGAAUCAUGUAAUCGGGAAGUGAGCCUAGCAGACCUGCUGAAGAAGCCCAUUAUCCCCAUCAUGUUUGACUCAGUGCCUUGGCCUCCACCAGGAGGCAUGAGCUUAGCCUUUGCUAGGCUUUUGUAUGUGCAGAUGAAAGGUGUUGGUGGGCAUGGUGGGUCAGGUGUACAGUCCGAUCUUGAGGUCAAGUACCAGGAUGUCAUCAGCCGUAUACGCACUCACUGCCAUCCACAGUUGUCCAAAGGCAUCCUACAUGUCAAUGGUCCCACAUCAAGUGACAAAACGCUAUCUCACGAUUCAGUGUUAAGGCUUAGAGAGGGAAGGUCUGCAGGAAACAGCACCCUCAGUCUGCAGAGACAAGGCAGGAACUCAUUACAGCAACUGCAGAGGUCAACUGUUAGGAAUUGUUUAGUAUGUGCAAUCUUAUGAGGUCGAGGAAGACUACUUUUAGGCAAGUACAAAAUUUGUGAAGUUGAAUGACAUGAUGCAACAAUGCAUAACUAAUGCAAACAUAAGCUAUCAAGGAGUUAAAAGACUAAUGCCCGUAUUCUAAAUACAAACUUCGAACUAGAACUUCAUGUAGUCCUCAAGUUGCAACUUAAAUUCAAUUUGUAUUCAUAAACAACGUAUUCAAAGUUUAUCUACGAGUAAGUCAAGUCUGAGUUGUAGUUAAGCAGAAGACAGCUGGCAAGCAACGACUGUCAAACUAACCAAUAGAAAGAAUUCAUUUUAAUAGCAGACGAAAUUUUAGAGGUCUGGUAACACGGAUGAAUAUUAAGCUGCCGUCUGUGCUUCAAAAACAUAUUUCUUCAUAAUAGAUCAUCAUUCACUUAAUUGAUUUUCUAUAAUAAUAACUAUUUUAGUCAUUAAAAUAUAACAAUUUGAACAGUCCGAAAAUUAUGGUUGAGACCAAGUGAGGGUGGCGCCAUUUUUGUUGUUGGUGUGAUGAAGCUACAUGACCGCAAUGCGAGAAGGUUUUGUGCAAACCAGAAACUAUCGCAUGUGGCUAGCAAAACACAUGUUAAUUUUGCCUUUUGGAAGCUAAACUUAAUGCCCCUUUUCUUGAACACAUUGAAGAUACAUCUGGCCUACUUAUACAAUCGUUUUUAUUCUUUUCACUCUAUCGUGAGUUACAAAAAGCAUGUUUUUAGUGAGUUAAAUAUUUCAAGUUGACUAUUUAGUCUGAAUCAAUACCGACUAAAAAUAUCAGCCUGCGGAAGUUUUAUUUUGGUCGAGGUUUGUGUGAUUUAGUCAAAGUUCAUUUUAAGAAUACGAAAUGACGUAAAUUUGAAGUUUUAGUUCGAAAUAUGACUAAAGUUUGUUUUAAGAAUACUGGGGUAAGAUUUUAUAGAAAUGUUUAUGUAGGUGCUGAUUUUUAUAGAUACUUAUGUAGGUAGACUACAUGCAUUCUUUCUAUUGGUACUUUUGAUGUUGGAGUUAAGAACAUUCCUCUAAUUUUGAGGAAAUAAAUAUAAUCAGUGGCAUACUGUAUCUUCUAUGAGUCUUGAAAUGGCCUGAUGGGUGGGGUGUGAAGGUGAAG